AUGCGAGGAUGCGAGGCGCGCGGCGGCGCAGCGGCAAGAGGCGAGGCGCGCGGCGGCGAGGAGGCGAGGCGCCUGACGAUGGAGACAGGGGAGGGCGGCGAGGCGCACGGGCGGCAAUUUGUGGUGGCGGUGGAAGAAGGGGUAGCGGAGGAGGCAGGGGAUGGUGGCCAGAGUCGUCGUCGGAGGGAGGAUGGGGGAGAAGGAGGGAGGAUGGGGCUGCUCACAACUGCUAGGGUUUAG